AUGGGGGGCACCCCAAAGCAUGGGGGGCUGCUGCUGCAGCUCAACACCCCGCUGUGCGUCCUGAGUUAACUGUCGGGGCUCACCUGGUUCCUGCUGCUGCCUGCCCUGGCCCCCCGCACGUACCUGUCUGAGAACGCCAUGGGCUCCACCAUGGUGGGCGAGGCUCCGAUGGGGGCGCGGGCGCUGGCGCUGGCCCGGGAAUUCGGGGGGCACAAGAGGAAAGCGGGAGGCAUGCCCGUGGCGUGGCUGGAGCAGGCCAUGUUCCAGCUGGGGCUCGAGGUCCACACACAGCCCUUCAGCCGCACGCUGCCCUUCCCCGACGAGGCCCACGAGCGAUACCUGGUGCGUGGCACCAACGUGUUCGGGGUGCUGCGAGCCCCCCGCGCCGCCAGCACGGAGGCGCUGCUGCUGCUGGUGCCCUGCUCCGAGGGCAGCAAGAACAACCAGGCCGUGGGGCUGCUGCUGGCCCUGGCUGGGUACUGCCGAGGCCAGGUGUACUGGGCCAAGGAUCUCAUCUUCCUGGUGACCGAGCACGACCUGCUGGGGACACAGGCCUGGCUGGAGGCCUACCAUGAUGUCAACCUCACUGACAUCCGCUCAGGGGGGGUCCCGGGCCGGGCCGGGGCCAUCCAGGCCGCGCUGGCCCUGGAGCUCAGCUCGGACGUGGUGACCAGCGUGGACGUGGCCGUGGAGGGGCUGAACGGGCAGCUGCCCAACCUGGACCUGCUGAACCUCUUCCACUCCUUCUGCCUCAAGAGCGGCCUGCUCUGCACCUUCCAGGGCAAGCUGCCCCCCCCGGAGGGUCCCUCGGGCCCCGGCUAUGCCCAGAGCCUGCGCACGCUGGGGCUGAUGGUGCUGGGCCAGGCCGGGGGCGGGCCCGGGGGGGCUCACGGGCUCUUCCUGCGCUUCCGCAUCGAGGCCCUGACCCUGAGGGGCAUCAACAGCUUCCGGCAGCACAAGUUCGACCUGGGGGUGCUGGGCAGGACCCUGGAGGGAAUGUUCCGGAAGCUCAACAACCUCCUGGAGCGGCUGCACCAGUCCUACUUCCUGUACCUGCUGCCCUCGCUGUCGCGCUUCGUGUCCAUCGGCUCCUACGCGCCCGCCCUGGGCCUGCUGCUGCUCGUGCUGGCCCUGCGCGCCCUGGACCUGUGGAUGCGGCUGAGCCGGAGCGAGGAGGGGGAGGGGGAGACGCCCCCCGGACGCCCUUUCUGCCCCCCAGGCUCGGGGUCCCUGCUGUGGCUGGUGCCCCCCAUCCUGGUCUCGUGGGGCGCGGGCACUGCCCUGUACCUGCUGCCCGUGCGGGGCCAGGCCGUGGCCACCCAGCACUUCCCCGUGGGCGAGGCCGAGGCCGUGGUGCUGGCGCUGAUUGGCAUCUACGUGGCGGGCAUGGCGCUGCCCCACAGCACGCACAGGGCUCUCUCCGGGGGUGGCCAGCGCGGCUGGAUGUCCCUCAAGCUGGUGGCCCUGCUGGCCCUGGCCCUGCUGCUCUCGUGCCUGGCCCUGCUCAACUUCUCCCUGGGCUUCCUGCUGGGCGCCACCCUGGUGCCACCUGCGGCCGCCGUGCGACCCGGGGGAAACAGGCUGCCCCUGGCCGUGCUGCUGGUGCUGACGACCCCGGGGCUGUCGCUGUUCGUGGCGGUGCUGCUGGAGCGGGAGCUGCUGGAGGCGCCGGCGGGGCUGGGCGAGGCCUGGCAGCGCUUCCUGGGGGCGCUGGGCCAGGGGCUGCUGCAGGAGCACCUGCACGGGGCCCACCUGAGCCCGCUGCUCUGCCUGGGGGCGUAUCCCUGCUGGCUGCUGCUCUGGAACGUGCUCUUCUGGAAAUGAGGGACAUGGACGGACAC